AAAAUACCAAAAUUGCUCCAUUUGACUGAUAUAAUAGAAAGUAAAGAUGGAUUUUACAGCUAAACACAAGAUAAACUUUUCAUAUUGCAUAGCUGCCUCAGUAAACUUGAUGUCAAUGCUAGCAGGUAUAGGCUAUGCCUGGUCAUCUCCUUGUAUUCCAAAGCUUGCGGGACAAGUUGAUCCUGAAUUCAAUCCACUUCCAAAACCAGCCACCAUAAAAGAAAUAUCUUGGAUUACAGCUCUUCACUGUAUGGGUGCAAUUUUUGGACCAUUGUUGACAGGAUGCAUAGCGUAUAAAAUAGGAAAAAAGAAAACGUUAUUGUUAUUUGCCAUACCUCAAAUGAUCUCUCAUAUUAUACUAAUAUUUGCCAACAAAGUUAUCCAUUUUUAUAUCGCAAGAUUUUUGCUUGGUAUGGGAACAGGUUGUGUAUUUUCGCUAGUCCCAGUAUAUGUAGCAGAAAUGUCAGUGGCUACACAUAGGGGACGUACAAGUAUGUUUCUCCCUUUAAUGUUAACGUUAACGCAAGAUUUAAUGUUUUUGAUAGGUCCUUAUGUUACUAUAAGAACCUUAGCUUUGUGGUCAUUAUUGCCAUCUAUUGUAUUUUUUUUAAGUUUUGGUAUAUUUAUGCCAGAAAGUCCUUAUGACUGCGUUAAACAAAACAAAAUAAUAAAGGCUCAACAUUCUUUAAUGUUAUCUAGGCAAACCAGUAAUGUACAGGAUGAGUUACAGAGUAUUAUUAAUUCUAUAGAUGAGGAUAAGAAUAACGGUAAAAUAAAUGAAUUAUGUAGGUCAAGAGCUGUAGGGAAAAGCUUUUUAAUUGCAUUUAUGCUAAUGUUCUUUCAACAGUUUAAUGGCAGUAAUGCUAUAUUUGCUUAUCAACAAACUAUAUUUUAUGCUUCUGAGUCGACCAUUCCAGCCGAUAAAUCAGUAAUGUUAGUGGGGGCUUUUCAAAUUGUAGUACAACUAUUUGUUUCAAAACUGGUUGAUAGUUGGGGAAGAAAGAACCUGUUGAUUGUUUCAUACUUUUGCCAACUUAUAUCACUGGUCAGUCUUGGAAUAUAUUUUUACCUACAAAAACAAAAUAUCAACAUAGAAUUUUUGUUUUGGCUGCCGAUAACAAGUGUUAUGUUAUUCAUGUUAAGUUUCAAAUUAGGUGCGGGACCAGUAUCUUGGAUAAUUGCCGGGGAAAUUUUUCCUACAAACUUCAAAUUUAUUCUUAGUCCUUUAAUUGCUUUUUGUAUGACUGUUAUGAGUUUUAUAGUAACUUUUGUGUUUCCAAAAUUUUCAGUUUAUAUUGGUUAUGAAUACUCAUUUUGGAUAUUUGCUGUUGUUGUUGCAACUGCUAUUCUUUAUAUUUAUCUAAUGGUGCCAGAAACAUCAGGUAAAUCGCUGAAGGAAAUUGAAAGCAUUUUUCAAAAUCGAGAAAGUGUUACAAGAGAAGAUCAACCAUACCAAAAAGUUAAUUAUUAACUGUCUAAAGGUAUACAUAUAGUAGGGCGUUAUGCAACGAAAUCAUACGCCUUUUUAUUUAUUAUUUAAAAGAUGUGUUUCCUUUUAUUAAGUAAAUAAUAUUCAAUACUUAGUAACUGAUUGCAAUAACAGUACCAUUUAAAUUAUCGGUUUGAUGUUGGAAGAACAUUAGAAACCCAUCUGGAUUAGCCUAUCUGUGACUUCUCCUUUAUUUCUGCUAGUCAAUAGUGAGGUGUUUUUUUACAGCCUUACGAACCUAACAGAUUCCUAAAGAACAAAACUACUAAGUUGUGUUACUAGGAAUAUUCGUAAGGUAACCUUAAAAAUUAUAUAAAUAUUUUACAUUAUAUUUUUAUAACGUAUUAUAGUAUUAGACUUUGUAUUUGUAUUUAUUAAAUGAUAUUUAAAAUC